AUGGAUGGAUCCAAUGGUGAUACACACAAUUUCAAUUUUAAGGGUGUAUUUCCUAAAAGUAUACAAUUCUAUAAUGAAGUUGAAAAAGAAUAUGAGCGAAAAUAUUAUAAUAAUUCUUUUUAUAAUUUGUGCAUUCAGAUUAGUAAGUUAUUAGGAAUAUGGGAUGGGGAUGCUUUUAUUAAUAAUUGUGUUUAUUUUAGUAACUAUUUACAACGCAUAAAAGAUAUAGCACCUGAUAAUAUAAGAUCGUAUUGCAUAUAUUUCAACUAUGUGCUAAAAAGUGAACUAAAAAACUUAAAAUCUUCAUGUAAAGGAGAAAAAGCAUGCUACAAAAAAAUGAUAGAUGUAUACGUAAAAAAUGGAAAAAAUGACAGGGGGAAGUGUGAGUCUUAUGUAAAAGAUCUUAAUGAAGAUAUAUAUAAAAUAUUGAAUAAUCUCAAUACUCUAUAUAAUUACCUUGAACCAUUAAAAAAUAGUAGUAAAACAUGCAAUUCCUAUACGUAUUGUAUUAAGAAUUAUUAUGAUUUUUUAAAAAAUUGUGAAGAAAUGAAAAAUAGCAGUCUAAAUGAAGUGAUGGAAAUAGUUAAAGAAAUAUAUAAACCAUAUAUUCAGACAAAAAAAGAAACCAUAAACAUCCCCGAACAUAUACAUUUCUCAAAUAGAAUAAGUUCACGAAAGAAGUUAAAAGAAACAUGUAACAAAAAAUGUAAAGAUGAAAUUCAAUUAGUAAGUUCUCAUCAGAUUAAGUAUGGAGGAUUUAUAAAUAAUGAUCUAAAUUAUCAUAUAACACUUUAG